CAGCCCCGGCGCCAAACUCUGGCCUCCUUCCACCUCCACAGGCCGAACGGAGAGCUCCACUCCACUCCACUCCACUGGACACUGACCUAAACUGGCCCCGCUUCUCCCCCUGCCCCACCACUCCCACCGAGCAUGCGGCGCCUGCUGGACUCCGUCGAGCGCCUGGCCGCGGUGGCCGCCGCGACACCGGCGUCGGCGGGCGUCCACACGGACACGUUCCUCAUCCUCGCCGCCGUGCUCUGCUUCCUGCUCUGCGUCGUCGGGCUCGCCUUCGUCGCGCGGUGCUCGCGGCUAUGCAACCCCUCGGCGUUCUCCGUCGACGCGGGGCCCGGCGACGGGGCGGCAAUGCCGCCGCCGGCGGCGGCGCGCAAGGGGGUCGAGAAGGAGGCGCUGCGGAAGCUGCCGACCGUGCCGUUCGAGGGGGCGGGGCGGGAGGAGGGGGGCGACGACGGCGGGGAGCGGCCGGAGUGCGCCAUCUGCCUCGCCGAGUUCGCGCGCGGGGACGAGGUCCGCGUGCUCCCGCCGUGCAGCCACGCCUUCCACGCGGCCUGCGUCGACACCUGGCUCCUGUGCACCUCCACGUGCCCCUCCUGCCGCAGCGCCCUCGUGCUGGCGCCGGCGCCGGCGGCGUCCGGUACUACAGAUCCUCCCCAAUGCUGCGCGUCGGCGCAGGCGGCCCCCGCGGAGCCAGAGUACUCCGUCGCCGUCGCCGUCGAGCGCGGCCCUUGCCGGACGUCGGCGCCGUAGGCUGGCGAGCGCCCGUCCACGGGCACCAACACCUUGUACAUACGCGCUCUGGAAUCUCCUCCUUCCUGCCAACAAUCGCUGAUGGAUCGCUGAAGCUGUACAGUGUGCAAUGGUGAUUCAAUCAAUCACUUGUACGUCUGCUUGUGACAUUCUAAUCUGAUCUGUGAAUACCAAGUAAAAAAGCUAAAUCUUUUCUUAA